AUGAUUUUAUCAUUAUUAAUACUAAGCUUAUCAACUGUUUAUGGUAGUGAUGACUAUGAUUACACUUCAAAUGGCAAGGACUGGCCAGACAUCCAUGAAUAUUGCUUUGGUAAAAAAUUACAGUCCCCCAUUAACCUAGAUAAUAAUUAUACUAACACCAAUGAAGACGAUAUGUACUUUUUCCCAAAAUACAAACCCACCAAAGUGAGAAUCACAAAAAACUAAACAACCCAUAGAAUAAUACCAGCUACUGACACCGAUAACUUUGGUCCAUUGUACACUGUGAAUUCUUGGUCAGAUAGUGUUGCCUAUGGUGGAAAAAUCAUAUUCUUCAGAAGUGAAGCUGAACAUAAAAUCAAUGGAGUCUAGUAUAAUUUAGAAGUUUAAAUCCAACACACAAUGCUCUUUGCAACAAUUCAAAAUAGAUCAACCGUCUCUGUCUUUUUCAUUCAAGAUGACACAGCCCAAAAACAUCCAUUCUUAUAAUAGGUGAUCGAUAACUACAACAAAGAAGAUUUUAUCUUGGAUUUAAGUGAAUUGAUUACUUCAGCAUUUUCUAUCUAACCAUAUUAUUUAUAUGCAGGCUCCUUUACCUAUCCAGAUUGCACAGAAAGAAAUUCUUGGUAUGUUUUUGAAAGGCCUUUCAAAGCUCCAAGCUCUUAACUUUCAUUUUUCUACAAUUUGUAUCAUAAUACCGAGAUCUUCCCAAAUGGCAACUACAGAGUUGUCUAGGACAGAAAAUCAUCAGCCAAGAAUGUCAAAGUAUAUUAUAGAAAAGAUCCUUAUGCAGCUACAGCUCAGGAGGAAUAAUGAAAUUAUAUUAUUUAUUCUAAUUGAAGAGAAUUUCAUUGUUAUUAAA